AUGAAUAACGUGCAACUGCAAGCCAAGCAGUUCUUCCGCAAGCUGACUACAAAAGAAGGGCUUUUUGGAGACUAUGACUACGCUUUUCUGUUCACUCCCUCAUAUCCGUUCAGGGACUGGAUCUCACGCAAGCGAGGAAUCGAGCCGGUUCAGAGAGACCAGCCUUUCUUCUCGGUAUAUUCAGAUAUUCCACUUUUCUUGGGCUUCUUGUUAGGCCUUCAGCAUUCUUUGGCAAUGUUAGCAGGUGUCAUCACGCCCCCCAUCAUCAUUUCGUCCGUCUGCAAUUUCCCAACCGAAAUCCAACAGUAUCUGGUUUCUGCUUCUCUUAUUGUUUCUGGUAUCAUGUCUUGUAUUCAAAUUACAAGGUUUCACAUUCCUAAGACGCCCUACUACAUUGGCUCUGGUUUAAUCUCUGUGGUCGGAACUUCGUUCGCGACUAUUACUAUCAUUGAAAAGGCCGUUCCAGUAAUGUACAAGUCAGGGUUUUGCCCCACAAAUGAGGACGGCACACCUGGUCCGUGCUCUGCUGGCUAUGGUGCGCUUUUAGCAACUGCUGCGUGCUGCGCUUUAUUGGAAAUAUUGAUGUCUUUCACGCCCCCUAAGGUUCUACAAAAAUUAUUUCCCAAGAUUGUUACUGGUCCAGUUGUGCUAUGUAUUGCUGUGAGCUUAAUUCAGAGUGGAUUCAAUGAUUGGGUUGGUGGGUCAAGCUGUGUCGGAGCAAUCUGUCCCAGCGAAGGGGCACCAAUGGCCGGCGAAUGGGGCAGUGCGAGGUUUGUCGGACUGGGAUUUCUGGUGUUUUCGACAAUCAUCAUGUGUGAAAAAUGGGGCUCCCCCAUCAUGAAGUCCUGCGCUGUCAUUGUUGGCCUUAUCGUAGGCUGCAUUGUGGCGGCAGCUUGCGGUUACUUUUCGAAUUCGUCAAUCAAUGCCGCCCCAGCUGUUACUUUCAUGUGGGUCCACACCUUCCCACUGAAAGUCUAUGGCCCAAUUGUUCUUCCAAUGUUGGUCAUGUACAUUGUGUUGGCUCAGGAGUGUAUCGGUGAUGUGACAGCCACAUGUGAUGUUUCUCGUUUGGAGGUGGAAGGUGAAUUGUACGAGUCCAGAAUUCAGGGUGCUGUGUUAAGCGAUGGUAUCGGCGGUGUCAUUUCUGCGCUUUGCACCCUCCCCCCCAUGUCGACUUUCGCUCAAAACAAUGGUGUUAUCUCGCUAACGAAAUGUGCUAAUAGACAAGUGGGCUACUGGUGUUGCUUCUUCUUAAUUGUCAUGGGUAUUUUUGCCAAAUUUGGUGCCGCGUUAGUAGCCAUUCCAAAGCCGGUCCUGGGUGGCAUGACCACCUUUUUGUUUACAAGUGUGGCUGUUUCAGGUUUGAAGAUUAUCUCCACCAUACCCUUCACAAGGCGUGAUAGAUUCGUCUUAACUGGCACACUCUUAUUUGGAUUUGGAGCCAUUUUAGUUCCAGAUUGGUUUGAUACGUUCUUUCAUUAUUCCGGGGACAAUCAGUCAUUACAAGGGCUUUUGAAUGCUAUCAUUUUGAUUAUGGAGUCCGGUUUCGCAGUAGCAGGAAUUGUCGCGAUGAUAUUGAAUUUGAUCAUUCCUCAACAGCUGGAUGAGGAUCUUAUGGACGAAAUCGAAAUACAGCAAGAUAAUCUACAGGUUUUGGACGCUCAUAAUGAGUUUGAAGACGGACACGUUCUCAGCAACAAGGGCAGGGAAGCGUUUUCAAGAGGCAAUGACCUAGAUGAAAUUAGGAACAGCUUCGAAAUGAAGGGUAGCAAUGUGGUUGUUAACACGGGACAAGCUUCCACGUCGGAAUAG